GGCCGCCUCCUUCCCGCUUCCAGUACUCCGCAACCGGGUUCUCACACCUCCCCUCACUCUCCACGAGUUCCACGCCUCGCGGUGUAGCUCCGCCCCUAUCCCCGAGUCCGCCCCCGCAACCGUCCGAGCGUGUGCACUCCUUUCCCUUCACUCUCCUGCUGUCUAGCCGGUCUGGGUCUCGGGCUUCUCAGAGCGGUCUGGGUCUCAACGGCCUCACUCGGACGCCUCCGCGCGCUCUCCCCCCGCGGCCCCCACCCGCAGCUAGCCGCCUCCGACCUGGACUCGGGGUCGCGCCCCCUGACUCCGCCCCCCCACUCAGCGGACUCGCGCACUCCCGGCCCGGCCUCUACCCCGCGCAGGCCGCGGAAAGCCUGGCCGCCUCCCCCUCCUUCUCCGGUCGCUGCGAGCUCCCCGGGCGCUCUCGCUCUCGCGCUCUCCGAGGCGAGCGCGCUCCCGGCCCGCGCGCUCCGGGCUCCGGCUUCUCCCGGCUCCUGUCAGUGCGGUGACUGCGCUGGGAAACAUGGCGACCGAGGGAAUGAUCCUCACUAACCACGACCAUCAAAUCCGUGUCGGAGUCCUCACAGUGAGUGAUAGUUGCUUCAGGAAUCUUGCAGAAGAUCGCAGUGGGAUAAAUCUCAAAGAUCUCGUACAAGAUCCUUCUUUGUUGGGUGGGACUAUAUCAGCAUACAAGAUAGUACCAGAUGAAAUAGAAGAAAUCAAGGAAACCCUGAUAGAUUGGUGCGAUGAAAAGGAACUUAACUUGAUAUUAACAACUGGAGGAACAGGGUUUGCACCACGAGAUGUCACUCCAGAGGCCACAAAAGAAGUAAUAGAACGGGAAGCGCCAGGGAUGGCCCUGGCAAUGCUGAUGGGAUCACUUAAUGUUACACCUCUGGGCAUGCUUUCUAGGCCUGUAUGUGGAAUCAGAGGGAAAACUCUCAUAAUUAACCUGCCAGGUAGCAAGAAAGGAUCUCAGGAAUGCUUUCAGUUUAUACUGCCAGCUCUACCUCAUGCCAUUGACCUUUUACGUGAUGCCAUUGUAAAAGUAAAGGAAGUGCAUGAUGAACUUGAAGAUUUACCUUCCCCACCACCUCCUCUUUCCCCUCCUCCUACAACUAGCCCCCAUAAACAGACAGAAGACAAAGGGGUUCAAUGUGAGGAAGAGGAAGAAGAGAAGAAAGACAGUGGUGUUGCUUCAACAGAAGACAGUUCUUCAUCACAUAUAACCGCAGCAGCCAUUGCUGCCAAGAAGCAUCCAUUCUACACCAGUCCAGCUGUUAUCAUGGCACACGGUGAGCAGCCCAUUCCUGGUAUCAUCAAUUAUUCCCAUCAUGCAACAGGCAGUACAGAUGAACGGAUUCCAGACUCCAUCAUUUCUCGUGGCGUUCAGGUGCUCCCACGAGACACAGCCUCCCUCAGCACUACUCCUUCAGAAUCGCCUCGUGCUCAGGCUACAUCUCGCCUUUCUACAGCUUCCUGCCCAACACCAAAAGUCCAGUCCAGGUGCAGCAGCAAGGAGAACAUUCUCAGAGCCAGUCACAGUGCUGUUGAUAUCACCAAGGUGGCUAGAAGACACCGCAUGUCUCCUUUUCCUCUAACGUCUAUGGACAAAGCUUUCAUCACAGUCCUGGAGAUGACUCCGGUGCUUGGGACAGAAAUCAUCAACUACCGAGAUGGAAUGGGGAGAGUCCUUGCUCAAGAUGUAUAUGCAAAAGACAACCUACCCCCCUUUCCAGCAUCAGUAAAAGAUGGCUAUGCUGUCCGAGCUGCUGAUGGUCCAGGAGAUCGUUUCAUCAUUGGGGAAUCCCAAGCUGGUGAGCAGCCGACUCAGACAGUAAUGCCAGGACAAGUCAUGCGGGUUACAACAGGUGCUCCAAUCCCCUGCGGUGCUGAUGCAGUAGUACAAGUAGAAGAUACCGAACUAAUCAGGGAGUCUGAUGAUGGCACUGAGGAACUUGAAGUGCGAAUUCUGGUGCAAGCUCGACCAGGCCAAGAUAUCAGACCCAUCGGCCAUGACAUUAAAAGAGGGGAAUGCGUUUUGGCCAAAGGAACCCAUAUGGGCCCCUCAGAGAUUGGUCUUCUGGCAACUGUAGGUGUCACAGAGGUUGAAGUUAAUAAGUUUCCAGUUGUUGCAGUCAUGUCGACAGGGAAUGAGCUGCUAAAUCCCGAAGAUGACCUCUUACCAGGAAAGAUUCGAGACAGCAAUCGUUCAACCCUCUUAGCAACAAUUCAGGAACAUGGUUAUCCCACAAUCAACUUGGGAAUUGUGGGAGACAACCCAGAUGACUUACUCAAUGCCUUGAAUGAGGGUAUCAGUCGUGCUGAUGUCAUCAUUACAUCAGGGGGUGUGUCCAUGGGGGAAAAGACAGAGAGCCUGCCAACAACAUUUGCGACUUUGGAUAUUGAUGGUGUAAGAAAAAUAAUCUUUGCACUACCAGGGAAUCCUGUGUCAGCCGUGGUCACCUGCAAUCUCUUUGUUGUGCCUGCGCUGAGAAAGAUGCAGGGCAUCUUGGAUCCUCGGCCAACCAUCAUCAAAGCCAGGUUAUCAUGUGAUGUAAAACUGGAUCCUCGCCCAGAAUACCAUCGGUGUAUAUUGACUUGGCAUCACCAAGAACCACUGCCUUGGGCACAGAGUACAGGUAAUCAGAUGAGCAGCCGUCUGAUGAGCAUGCGCAGUGCGAACGGGUUGUUGAUGCUACCUCCAAAGACAGAGCAGUAUGUGGAGCUCCACAAGGGCGAGGUGGUGGACGUCAUGGUCAUUGGACGGCUAUGAUGGUCACCAGAGCGAGAAAGCUUUGAUGCAUGUCCACAUAUCAUUGACUGUAUCCUGUAAUAUGCAACGGCACAGCUAGUUUUUCUGAUCUGGAUAAAAGUUGAUCUGUAUAGUCAACAUCUUGAACUAUAUUUCAAAAGAAUUUAAAUACACCUUUUAAAGAAAAAAAACACCUAAAAAUAAAUCUUAACAGACAAUUCUAUUCUGAUUAUAUCAAAGCAAAUUUUUCCUUUCUUGCAAAUUGCUUUGUGUGUUCAAUGCUAGGUCUGAUAGCGAUAGCUUUUAGUAGACAGCAGUAGGUGCCUGCAGAACUUGUGUUUUUCUCAUCUUUAAAAUACAACUAAUUAUGCUCUUAAUCAAGGCUGUCUGCUUAUUUAUACUAGCGUAGGCAACACUUGGAUUUCCCUUCUUAGUAUGCUUCAUAACCGCUUUUCAGAGAGCUUUUGCUUGUUCUUUAUCAUGUAUCUCGUGUUUAUGUGCACAGUGCCAACUGAAGAGUGACUGGGUGGGGAGGCCCUGCCCUGCCUCAGGGAGAACCCUCCCCCGCAGAGCAUCCGGGAGGCCCCUCCCCAGUAGCCUCGAGGCACAGUACUCUUCGGCAGUAACUGGAUACCUUUUAUUUGAAUAAACAAACUGGGGGAAAAAAUGCUUCCUUAAGUGCUGACAGCCUUUUUAACCAAUACAUUUAAAGUUGUACAGAACAAAAAAUAAAAUCAAAGACUGAUCUUGUACAGAUAUUAGUGUUACCAGCAUUCAUGUGGAAAUCAAGAGCAAAGAAAAAAUGUUAAACAACUCUGUACCAUAACAUUUUCUGUAAUGAUACUGAAACUUAAUGAAUAAAAAAAAAAAUCCUUGAUCAUUAUUUAAAAA